CGGAAGUAGUAAAAGCCAUCGGAGUGAGGCGGUGGACUCAGUAGGUUAGGUCUUUGGUGGGAUGGCAGAUGAGGAAGAAGACCCCACCUUUGAGGAGGAGAAUGAAGAAAUUGGAGGAGGUGCAGAAGGUGGACAGGGUAAAAGAAAGAGACUUUUUUCUAAAGAAUUACGCUGCAUGAUGUAUGGGUUUGGGGAUGACCAGAAUCCUUAUACUGAGUCAGUGGAUAUUCUUGAAGACCUUGUCAUAGAGUUCAUUACAGAAAUGACUCACAAGGCAAUGUCAAUUGGAAGACAAGGUCGAGUACAAGUUGAAGAUAUCGUCUUUUUGAUUCGAAAGGACCCAAGAAAGUUUGCUCGGGUUAAAGACUUGCUUACAAUGAAUGAAGAAUUGAAACGAGCUAGAAAAGCAUUUGAUGAAGCAAACUAUGGCUCUUGAUACAGUUUGUACUCUCUGAAAUGUCAUUAACCUUCUAGGGAAACCCUUUAUAAUAACUCUUUUCCACAGUAAGGUUCUGCUAUUUAGCCAUGUAAAUGAAAGAUAGAGAAAAACAAAGUUUUAGCAUUUAUGUUCAUGUCUUUAAUUUUAGAGCGAUAUUUGAGGCUUUACUUGCCUACCUUUGGAAUACCAGACUUGAAUUACUGACUAGGUCUUAUUGACCACACAUAAAUUGAAGUAAUUUUCAAACUGUACAGUUCUCUUUGACUUUUGACUAUCUAAAACUGUAAAGUAGUAUUUGUGCAUAAGGUAUUUUUGUGCCAUUUUAGGCUAUAGUAGUUCUUUGACGUGUAAGGUCUAAAUGGCACCUUGACUUUAUGAUUGCUGAAACAUGUUUUUCAUAUAUUCUAGGGUUUUGAGACUAAAGUAGUAUGAUGUAAUUAAAAGACUGUGAACUGGUUUAUUUUUUUGAGAUGAUAAUAUAAGAAAACAAGUUAUCUUAGUCUUCUGUUUUGUUACAAGGUAGUGUUUUUAAUACUCUUUUGUUUAGAUGAAGAAUUUUUGGAGAAACUAAGUUUCAUGUGAAUGCUUCCAUGUUGGAAGACUUCUUUGAUUUAAAAUCUUCUGGGUCUAUAAAAUAAUUAGGAUAACUCAUUUUCCCAGGUCAGAUUAGUGCUUCUAGAAGUAAAUGUUUUCAGAAUCAGGAAUGAUACUGCUUAAAAAGCUGAUGGCAGGAUAAGUAUGUGGGGUAAUUUUUUAUUAACAUUUGUUAGUACUUGUUCAGUGUGGAAAUGUGUACUUGACUAAAACUCUAUGUGGCUAUGGAAACCUCCUUUGUAGUUCAAGAUAUACAGGUUUUGUGUGAGUCUUUAGCUUAUUAAGUUAUUAUUGCACUUUGGUUAAAAUGAGGAUUAAAAUUGCUUUUAAAGGGAUUACUGAAUAUUCCUCGUGAAACAACAUUUUGUGUGUCACUUACAAAUAUUAUAAAUUAUUACCUAAGAAGAUUUUACUUUCUUAACAUAUUGGUACAAAGAAUAAAGUAUGCAAAAUUAAACAGGUUAGUACUUGAAUUUGGUUAUGUGAUUUAUCAGCUUUCUGCCACAACUGGAAAUACGAUUCUUGCUACUUAAUCUCAAUAAAAGCCUUUUUUCUGUA